ACGGAGCGUAAAUAUCGUCAUUGGGCCCUCAAUGAGCAAGGGGACUUAAAAAGUGACAAAAUGGUCACGACAACUCUCGCCGCGCUCUCAGACGGCAGUACUGUCUGUACGAUGGUGCUGAAUGAGAGCGUGGCAGGGGCUGUCCUACCUGGCCGAACAUAUUUAAUCAGAAAUUAUGGCAUUGGCAAGAAGGAGAGUGGGGUCCUCCUCACCAAGAGGAAUACUGAAUUUUUCAUCACCUCAAAUAUUUCAGUUGGGCCAGAAAUCGUCAUCAAAGCAAAAGAACUCCUAUUUCAACCAACAAGGUUGGUGGACCUGAAGGAGGUUGGAGUGGAGGAGGAGGGACUCAUUACUGUUGAGGGAGUCCUAGCGGAUAUGAGGCCGAUCAGAUUGAUUCGCCAGCAUGGCUCCGAAGCAGUCCCGCUGCGAAUUAUUUAUUUGAAAAAAGAAGGUGCCCAAGUGAAAAUUUUGAUCUGGCACCAAGCGAACUUGACUGCAUUAAAACCUGGGCUGAAAUACACUUUCAGCCACCUGAGGGCACAACAGUCAGAUUAUGGAUUUUCCUUCAACACCUCAGAGGACACCCAAAUAAAAGAAUGUGAGGAAGAUAUUGUUUUCCAAAUGGACGGAUAUUUUAUUACUGGUGAAAAUAUGGAUGUCGUCGACAUAAAUGGCGAAAAAAAGUCCAUCCCUCUGGAUGUCUGGAGGGAUAAUUUUUCCCAUGACCCAGAUAUUCCAGAGGGGGGCCUGUCACUAACAUUGAGGGUGGUCGAGGGUGUGGUGUGUUUAAUCGUUUAAUGGUGUAAUUGUUAUGGUUGUUACUUUAUGUUCAUGUUCUCUUAUGGUAUUUGUUGUUGUUGUAAAAGUUUGUUACUUCUCUACAUAACUAUGUUCUUCUAGAUGGCCCAUUUAUUCUUGCCCCUUUUAUAAAAAAAUUCCUUAUCUGAGUUUCAUUAAAUAUGUCCAUGACUUCCAGGUUUGAGAUUUUUUGUAUGUAGCAAUAUUUUUCACCUGGUCAACUUCAUUAAGCUAGGC